AUGGUGACCGUACGCGUCGGGCCGCUGCCGCCGCCGCUGCCGCCGCCGCCUCCUCCCGAGACACAGCAGCCAAGGCCCGGCGCGGAGGAGCCGCCGCUGUCUGCUCCAAGAAAAAACAUGGCUGCAAAGGAGAAAAUGGAGGCGAUGUUAAACGUGGCCCUGAGGGUGCCAAGCAUCAUGCUGUUGGAUGUCCUGUACAGAUGGGAUGUCAGCUCCUUCUUCCAGCAGAUCCAAAGAAGUAGCCUCAAUCACAACCCUCUUUUCCAAUAUAAGUAUUUGGCUCUUAAUAUGCAUUAUGUAGGUUAUAUCUUAAGUGUUGUACUACUAACCUUGCCCAGGCAAUACCUGGUUCAGCUUUACCUAUAUUUUUUGACUGCCCUUCUCCUCUAUGCUGGACAUCAAAUCUCCAGGGACUAUGUUCGAAGUGAAUUGGAGUCUGCCUAUGAAGGACCCAUGUAUUUAGAACCUCUCUCUAUGAAUCGAUUUACCACAGCCUUAAUAGGUCAGUUGGUGGUGUGUACUUUAUGCUCCUGUGUCAUGAAAACGAAGCAGAUUUGGCUCUUCUCCGCCCACAUGCUUCCUCUGCUAGCACGACUCUGCCUGGUUCCUCUGGAGACCAUUGUUAUCAUCAACAAAUUCGCUAUGAUUUUUACUGGAUUGGAAGUUCUCUAUUUUCUUGGGUCUAAUCUUUUGGUACCUUAUAACCUUGCUAAGUCUGCAUACAGAGAAUUGGUUCAGGUUGUGGAGGUAUAUGGCCUUCUAGCCUUGGGAAUGUCCCUGUGGAAUCAACUGGUGGUCCCUGUACUUUUCAUGGUUUUCUGGCUCGUCUUGUUUGCUCUUCAGAUUUACUCCUACUUCAGUACUCGAGACCAGCCUGCGUCUCGGGAGAGACUUCUUUUCCUUUUCUUGACAAGUAUUGCUGAAUGCUGCAGCACUCCUUACUCUCUUUUGGGUUUGGUCUUCACGGUUUCUUUUGUUGCCUUGGGUGUUCUGACACUCUGCAAGUUUUACUUGCAGGGUUAUCGAGCUUUCAUGAAUGAUCCUGCCAUGAACCGGGGCAUGACAGAAGGAGUUACGCUGUUAAUCCUGGCGGUGCAGACGGGUCUCAUCGAGCUGCAGGUGGUUCACCGGGCAUUCCUGCUCAGUAUUAUCCUUUUCAUUGUUGUAGCUUCUAUCCUACAGUCUAUGCUGGAGAUUGCAGACCCUAUUGUUUUGGCGCUGGGAGCAUCUAGAGACAAGUAA